AUGGCUCGAGAAAUAGGGAAUGGAUUGGGAAUAUUUUUCAAUGCAAUGGAUGGUGGACUUCACGGAAGCCGUUUGGUUAUCUCCCUUCAGUUGAUUGGAGUUGUAGUGGAAUUUGCGAGUUUGUUGAGAGCAUCUAGGAGGCUCAACACUGUUGUGGAGAAGGGCGAAUGUUUUUGGGAGAGCAGAAUUCUGAAAAUAGCUUUUCUUCCUAUCGCAAGAGGAAGCAAAUGGAUGGCAAGAGACAGCUUAAGGAUGGACGUAGAGGAACCUGUGUAUGCCAGAAAGUACAUGUUUUUUGUUAGUGGAAUCUGUGCUAGUUAUGCUUUUCUUGCUGCUGUCUCCACAUGGAUCAGAUGCUUUGUUACUAAGGCUUGGCUGUUCUUUGUCUCUGACCAGAUUGUAGCUUACUUGAUGGUUACAUCGGGGACCGCGGUCUUCGAGAUAUUAUACCUGGCUUACAAUGGUGAUAGAGAAGUCGUAUGGAGUGAAGCCCUCUCUUCUUAUGGGAAGUUUUGCUAUAGAGUGAAGGUACAGUGA